CGACUCGACUGCCUGAGCAGGCUUUCUUUGUCUGCAUUUCUCCUCCCACAAAAACCAGCACAGGCCAUCCUCUUUGCAUGCAUCGCAAUCGCCUCUCCUGACUGCGGUUUUCAUUUCGCAUCCUCUGAAAUAUCCACCGAUUGUGUCAGCAGGAAUGGCGUCAAGCACCACUUACGGCGGCGACUCGGAGUCGGACGAGGAAACCUUCAAUCCUGCGCCUGCCGACAUGUCCGACGACGAGGGUGGCGCUGCUAGCAGCCCCGUCCGCAAGGCAGUCGCGCGCACUAGCAGCCCGGCCGCCGACGAUGACGACGAUGGUGACGAUGACGACGAAGACGGCCCUCCCCCCCCUAAACACGCGACGAAGCGACCGCGUCCCGUCCCCGUGAACGAGGCUGUCGAAGAUGAAGAUGAAGACGAAGAGGAGGAGGAAGAGGAAGAUGACGAGGAUGAAGAUGACGUGCAAGGAGGCCACCGCCGUAAACGCCGCCGAGACCGCCAUGCUGCUUUCUUCGAUAUCGAGGCCGAGGUCGACGACGAAGACGAGGGCGAAGACGAGGAGAAAGACGGCGAAGAGAUUGAGGGCUUCAUUGACAAUGCCCAUCCCGAUGACAUUGCCGACGGCGGUCGCCUGAACGAUGAUAGAAGACACCGCGAGCUCGAUCGCCGGCGUGAGAUGGAGGCCAGUCUUGAUGCCGAAAAGCAAGCCGAGAUCCUCCGGGAGCGCUACGGCAAACGCGCCCCUGUGAGAGGCUAUGGCGACAUGGCCGUAGUGCCCAAGCGCCUGCUACUCCCUAGUGUGGAGGACCCCGGAAUCUGGGCAGUCAGGUGCAAGGAAGGCAAGGAGCGCGAAGUUGUCUUCUCCAUCAUGCGCCGUGUCGAGGAGAGACUCGGCACAAAGGACGAAGUCCCCGUCAUCUCUGCCUUUGAGCGCGGAGGCGUAACCUCGGUCAUGAAAGGCUACAUCUACAUCGAGGCGCAGCGGCAAAACGACAUCAUGAUUGCCCUCGACGGCGUUCUCAACGUCUAUCCGAGAACAAAGAUGAUUCUUGUCGAGAUCAAGGAAAUGCCCGACCUCCUGCGUGUCAUCAAGACCCCGAACCUGGAGCCUGGGGCCUGGGUGCGCCUCAAGAAGCCCGCGAAGCACGCCGGCGAUCUUGCCCAGGUCCUCGAUGUGACGGAGAACGGGCUGGAGGCCCGCGUUAAGUUCAUCCCCCGACUGGAUUACGGCGUCCGCGACGAGUCGAUCAACCAAGCUGCAAAGCGCAAGCGACCCGGCAUGCCUGGUCCUCGUCCGCCUCAGCGGCUCUUCAGCGAGGCGGAGGCAAGAAAGAGACACCCACGCUUCGUGCAAGGCAAUCCCUCCACCAACACCUGGACGUACAUGAACGAGGAUUUCGAGAACGGCUUCCAGGUCAAGGACAUCAAGAUCCAGCAGCUCGACGUGAAGAAUGUGAACCCUACACUGGAAGAGGUCACCAAGUUUGCUAGCGGUGCCGAGGAUGGCACAGAAAAUCUCGACCUCAAGGCUCUGGCUUCCACUUUGAAGGACAGCAACUUCAACGUCGCCUAUGUGCCGGGCGAUGUUAUCGAGGUCUACGAGGGCGAGCAACGUGGAGUCAUCGGCAAGGCAACCAAUGUCCAAGGCGAUAUCGUGACUCUCCAAGUCACCGAAGGAGACCUAGUUGGCCAGACGAUCGAGGUGCCUAACAAAGGUCUUCGCAAGCGCUUCAGGCCUGGUGAUCACGUCAAGGUCAUUGGCGGGAGCCGGUACCGAGACGAAGUUGGCAUGGUCGUCAACAUCGUCGACGACCGUGUGACGCUCUUGACCGACCAAACAAACAACGAGAUCACAGUAUUCAGCAAGGACUUGCGCGAGGCCGACGACAUUGGUGGCCAGGGCUCUCUAGGCCAAUACGAGCUUCUCGACCUCGUCCAGCUGGAUCCCACUACCGUGGGCUGCAUUGUCAAAGUUGACCGAGAAUCGGUUGUGGUCAUGGACCAGAAUGGCGAGAACAGGCAGGUGAAUCCGUCCCAGAUUACCAACAAGCUUCCCAAGAGGAAGACAGCCGUGGCGGCCGACCGAACUGGGUCAGAAAUCCGACUCGACGAUGUUGUUCGAGAGUAUGGCGGGCAGCAGCGACAAGGCAAGAUCAUCCACAUACACCGGUCAUUCAUCUUCCUCCACAGCACCGCGACCAACGAAAACGCUGGCGUGUUUGUCACUCGGGCCAGCAAUGUCAACACGGUUGCUGCAAAGGGUGGCCGUAUCAAUAACUUGUCGGGCGGCCCCGACUUGUCAUCCAUGAAUCCAGCUUUGAAGCGGAACCCUACCGGAAAUAACAUGCCGGUGCCCAAGACCUUUGGACCCGACCGCGCCAUUAACCAGACGGUGACCAUUCGCAGAGGUGGCUACAAGGGUCUGUUGGGAAUUGUCAAGGAUACGACAGACACGCAUGCUCGUGUCGAGCUUCACACCAAGGGCAAGAUCAUCACGGUGCCCAAGGUAGAUCUAUCCUUCAGAGACAAGGUCACCGGGCGCCCCAUUGACAUCAACGGCCGUGGCCGUGGAGGGUUCUCGGGAUCUGGCGGACGAGGCGGAUUUGGCGGCGGCGGUGGAGGCGGCGGCGGAGGCGGCGGCGGAGGCGGUGGCGGAGGCGGGGACUGGGCAGGCGGAAGCAGGACACCCAUGGCAUCAGGAGGCCCUGAAAGAACACCAGCAUGGGGUGCCAAGCCAACGUCUACUGCGCGCACCCCGGCUUGGGGACGUGGACCCGAAGUGUCUGGUUCUCGGACGCCAGCCUGGGGCGAAGGCUCUCGCACUGUCAACCCGUACGAUGGCAACCGUACUGCCUAUGGAGGCGCGACUUCUUAUGGCGGUGCGACCGCUUAUGGCGGCGGAUCUCGGACACCAGCCUGGUCAUCUGGAGCCAAGACCCCAGCUCUAGACGGGUUUGGCCAUGGUUCCAAGACGCCGGCCUAUGGUGGAGUCGACACCUGGGGUGGCAAAACACCCGCCUACGGAGUCUCGGCUCCAACUCCGGGUGCCAGCGGCGAUUCCUGGGGCUACACUCCUGGCCACAGUGGGUCCGCGCAUCCUUACGACGCCCCAACCCCCGGCGUCGGACUCGGUGCGCCGACGCCGGCUCUCAACGCCCCAACCCCCGGUCCGUACUCGGCACCGACGCCUGGCGCGGUCAGUGCCCCGACGCCUGGCGCCUGGCAAGGUGGUUGGGGUGCGGAAUCGGCGCCCACACCUGCAGCUGGCGCACCAACGCCGGCUGCGAGCGGGUACUAUGGCGCGCCGACCCCCGCCGCAUAUGGUGCCCCUGAGACACCGGCGGCGAGCGGGCCUCGGUAUACUGAUGACGAUUGAGAUUGAGACGGGGUCAUGUUGAGCGGAUGGAAUGGUCUUGGUCUGUCUGGCGUUUGGGGUUAGCUGUUGGAGGUUAGGAUUGCGACAACAGCAGUGCAGCAGUCGUCUUAUCGGUCUUGGGUUUAUGGCGUCUGCAGUGCAAAGGGGCAAAAUAUAGCAUAUUUCGGUAGAGAAGGGUCUGUCGCAUGUAAUUUAGGUAGACACUAAAUCCCAUGACAAUUUUUUGUUAUG